CGUUGCAAGGCGCCGAGGCUAACGGAUCCCUGUGAGCAGUUCUACGAACGAUCAUCCCGUCGUGGCCGCCAGGGGUCAGCACCAGUGAGCGAUGGGUCGCGGCGAGGUGAAGGGUCCCGGCAGCGAAGCUAGCGACGCUGCCGACCCGGCGAAGGCGUACUACGCGACGGGCGUCUACGGCUGGCGCAAGCGCUGCCUCUACGGCUGCGUGCUGCUUCUGCUCGUCCUCAUCAUCGUCAACCUGGCGCUCACCGCCUGGAUCAUGAAGACCGUCGACUUCCACGUCGGUGGCCUCGGCCGGCUGCGCGUGAGCGACGCCGGCGUGAUCGUCGAUGGCGACGCUGAGUUCUCGGGUCCCGUGCACGCGGCGGGCGUGCGCUCGCGCGACGACGACGCGCUGCGCGUCGACUCGGCGCGCAACGUGACGGUGAGCGCGCGCGACGGCGCGGGCCGCGUGACGACGCGGCUCGUCGUCGGCGACCGCAUGGCGCAGCUCUUCUGCCAGCACUUCGAGGUUCGCGGCGGCAGCGGCGACGAUCGGCCGUACUUCUACGUCAACGAGCACGAGAUGUACAUCGGGCCGCGGCGGCUGCGCGUCGCCGGCCUGCAGGGCUCGGCGUUCGCCGACGCCGUGCAGACGCCGCUCGUGAGCGCGGGGGACGGCGACGAACUGCGCUGCGAGGCGCCGAUGGGUCACGUGAGCCUUGAGGCUCCGGCCGGGGUCAACGUGCACUCGGCCAGCGGCAACGUCGACGUGUCGGCCGCCGGCGACAUCCGGCUCAAGGGCAGGAAGGUGACGCUGGACGCAAACGACGUCGAACUGACCGGCCUGCCCGCGGCGACGCGGUCCGGCGGCGGCCGGUCCGGCGACGACGUAUUUCAGGUGUGCGUUUGUCAGAGCGGACGCUUGUUCCUGGCCGCGCCCAACGUCAACUGCAGAGCAAGUCGAGACAUCUGCCAGUGAGGGCGGGCUGCGUAGGCCGCUCUGGUUUCAUCGACGAAGACCGUGGAUGUAGUGGCGGUGACUGUUAGCGCGUGUAACGACGAUAACUGUACAAAAUAUCAGCCAGUACGCGUAACCAUGACAACUGAAAAGGCGCCUGCUGGUGAUGAUAACUAGGAAGUGCGUUCAACUGGUUGGCUUCAGCAACUGAUGAAGAAAAUCCAGCAAUAAUAUGAGGGAUUCUAGGCUUAGUUGUCUUCGUUUUUCCAUUAGCAUGUCAGUUUAUAUCUAUUUACACACAGAUGCAAACAGACACACACACACACGCGCGCACACACACACACACACACACACACACGCACGCAUGCACGCGCACCACACGCGCACGCUAGCAGGCACGCACAAAAUGUUUGUGUUUCUCUGUCAUUACUUCUUGCUCCCAAACAUCUGCUUGUUGUAAUAUAAUAUGUGUAAGAUGAUAUUUAGUAAGUCAAGUUGUAAAUAGUGACUCGACACACAUAGCAGCUGCUAUGCUGCACGGAAUCCAUAUCAAGUAUUUUAAAAUAUUUGUACGUAGGAAACUCUAUAAAAUAAUGUUGCAAAAUAGAUAUGUUCACUCACUAAUUAUCUGACAUACCAACUAGCUUGAACAUGUGUUUUAGAUGAAUUUAUUGGUAGCGUCUGUGAAUUUCCCAGCUAAACGCUGGUCUGUCUGGUAAUAAUUCGUUAGCAGGCAUGCAUCUGAGUCGGUCACACCUCGGAACAUUCAUGGAUACUACCAAGAGCAGAUAAUACACAUGUGUAUUAUCUGCUCUUGAUACUACUGCGUUGUCACGUUGAUGCGUCACAGCAACUGCCUCAGGUUAUUAACCAUAGCUUUUGGAUGAAGGUGACGAAGGGUUGGUGAUAUGAACAUUUGCUCUUUUAAAUAAAUGUAUCCACUUGUGAUUAGCAUUCA